AUGGAUGGGCCCGUCGAGAGCGACAUCUUCCAGCAAUGCAAGUACAUCCACGAGGUCGAGCUCGUCAAUAUGCGGCUCCAGAUGCGGAUCCUGGAGACCCAUCUUGAGGUUGGAGCGCGAAAAAUUAUCCUUUUUUCAGUUUAAAGAGGAUUUUUCUUCCUAUUCCGAAAAGAUGUCAUAAUUAGCAGCGGUUUCUUCAAUUUUUUUCAAGUUCUCGAAUCGCAAGAAAUUUCGAAAAUCUUGUACUUAAUAUUGGAUUUCAACAAGGAUAAUUUCAUUUUUUUAGGUUUGAUAUUUAAAAAAAUUUUUUUCAAAUUUUUUUGUGCCUCAUUUUGAAGUUUAGUCGCUUUGUAGAGAACUUUACGGACUCGCAAAUUUUUCUUGAAAAGAGGUUUUUCGAUUUAAUUUUUUUCGAGGAGCGCUGAUUGUUUGAAUUUCAAAUGUAUGGGAACAAGUUUUAAAUUACCGAAAUUACUAUUUUUUCACUUUACAGGGUUAUUUUCAGACCAAAGAUCGUCUUAUCCGAAAUUUAGAAGACAUAAUCGACGAGCAGGAGACAAGAAUCGCCAACAUGGAAGAUUUCAUCCAAGGUAAUUUUUAUGGAUUUUUUUUCUGCUCAGUGUUAAAGUUUCUGUUUUGCAUGAAAGUAACUAACCAAGUGCAUGUUUUUUCAUAAUUUACGCAUGAUCUUCAGUUUUUUUUUCAUUGUUCUGUCUCUGCGCACCAUGCAAUAACACCACUCAAUGCUCAAAAAAAUAACACUUAUCAGUCGCUUUUUUUACGAAAAAAAUAAUUUAAAUUAUCAAUAAGUUUAAAAAAAUGGUGUUUUUCAUGUUGAGAAGUUUUUUAAUAUCCAUUCCAUCACAUAUUCAUCAAUCUAACCCAUUAAAAACUCGAUUUUUGUUGGAUUUUUAAUUCAACGUACCUGUGUACUUCAAAAAAAAUGAGCAAAAAAUUGAAAAGUCACCAAUUUUCGACCAAAAAAUUGGUCUUUGUCCGUAGAGCACAUUUACUACUCAUCUGUUUUCGGAAACGAAAACCGGAGUUAUCUAAGCAAGGAUAGAAAUCACUUAAGAAGUUCUAACGCUACUAAAGGGGUCACUAGAAAUGCUCCGACAUGUCCGGGUAGCGUUAACAAAGUCCGAGUUUUCUCUUUAUUAUAGAAAUAUGGCCCUUCAGUGACCUCUCAGCUUUUUUCUAAAAUCCCUUCAGUGACCUCUCAACUUUUUUCUAUAGUCACUCUCCUGAACCUUCUAAACGAUCCUCUCAUUUGGCUCACCUAAUUAUCUGAAAUCAAAAAAGAUAAAGUUGUUUUUUUGAGCAUUACCGGUUGUGUUGCAGGGCGCGCCUCGUCGUACGUCCGCCGAAAUCAAGUACUGAAAGGAAUUUCAGUGCUUUCUCUGGACUUUGGCGUCCUCUCCGAGGAGAACCUCCGCCUCAAAGCCGCCAUCAGCCAGAUGCAGAAGACGUCGCGGAUGAAUCAGCUUCUGGAGACGGACGAGGACUACGAAAGUGAUAUGACCACUGGAGAGGAGCGGGUACCGGAGAGGUGAAUCGUAGGAAAAAUGACCGAAACUCUGGGGUAUUUCCAAAGAAGGGUUCGAAAAUUGACCUACGUGUUCUCUCCGCAAGGAAAGACUUCGAAAUUCUUAUUUUUUUUAAAUCCUCACCAGGACUCGGAAAGUUCAUAACUAAAUUCAAAAGGGUGAUUUCGAGUCUAAUUGAUUUCCAAAAAAAUCAAUCUCCAUCUUUUUUUUAAUGUACCUCUAUGAAUUUUCGGAAGUCCAUUUAGAACUCAUUUUAACACUUCUCACACGACUCGAACUUUGAAGUUGAUGAUUCAAAAACUAAUGUCAAAAGUCUAAAUUCGAAAGAAAUUUUCCAUAUGAGCUCACUUCUUGGUUUAAGAAACAAGGCUUGAACUUUUUGAUAAUUUUUUUUUUCUCAUUUCUCAAGAGAUUAAACAGAAGGUUGUGAUAAAUAUUCACGCGGAUUUGUUUUAAAAAAAAUAAAAACUCAGAAUCUCUAGAAUGUCCCUAUAGGAACAAUCCUUGGGGACCUUUGAAGAACCCCUCAAGGGGUCACUUUACCAAUCGCUCUAGAGGUUCUAGUUAGUGGCCCGUAUUGGGUACAUGCUAGUUGAUUUUUGUUAUGAAGAGCAUGAGAAGAUUGCGAAACACUCAAUAAAUUAGCGUUUUUUGAACGAAAAUAAGGGCGAUUCAAGUUUUAGGGACUAUGGAGUCAAACCCUAAACUCCUAGGGCGCCCAAGUUUCACCUCCCCCCCCUUCUCCAUAGGGGCACGUCUUUUUCGUCUUUUAUAGUGUAUGUUGUUCACCUAACCCCUAUAGGGACCGCUUUGGCUUUUUUUCUUAGUUACAGAGAUAAUUAAAUAUACAAAUGUUUUCUUCUUUCAGUUCAUUGCCUGAAAAAGAAGUGAAAUCGUACCCAAUGAUAGUGCAAACGAUGCGCGACGAGGUGCAAAUGAAGAAAAUCCAAAGGUGUGCGGAAGAGCUGAAAAGGGAAAAGGUAUGAUCGAACCCAUAGAAAAAUCAAAAAUAAACUAUGCAUUUUCAGGACGAAUUGAAGCAGUUGGCCUUGGAUACGAAAGAGGCUUUCAGCGUUUGCAUGGGCGAAAUGAAGCUGAUGUUGGAGUCGAAAACGACCGACUUUUUCCGGGUCCUUCUGGAAAGAUACAGGGCCGAAAUGGAGAAACGCAAACAGCUCCACAAUCAGCUCGUCGAGCUCAAUGGUGAUUGGAAACUUGAAGAAAAUAUCGGCCUUAAAUGAGCUCAGUAGAUGUGCUAAUAACUGCUCAGAAAUUUGUAAUUUUAUUAAUUCUUUGCGAAAUUUCACAAAUCUAAAUUGGAAAUUAUAUCAAGACGACUCGAGUCAGUGUUCCAGGUUUUGAUAGGAUGAGAAAAAUAACGUUUUAAUGGCAGAGGUUGAAACGAAGUUUAUAAUUUGUCUAGGGGGAUCGACUACAACAAAAAUAAACUUGAAAACGUAUACAAAAAUAAUGGAAAAGUUAGUGUUAAAAAAACGUUUUUUUCUCUCGCCUCAAACAAAAUUGGGAAGCAUCGAAGCGUUUUUUUUUCUCAAAGUCAUUAAAAAAUAAUUGAUUGAUUUUUCUUUUUUUCGCUUGUUCCUGUACAUAUUUCGAUUUUUCUCACUUGAAAACUGAAUUUCUUGUGAUUUUUAGGUCUUUAUCGUUCAAAACUUGAGAGAAAAUUAUUUAUUUUGGACCUUCAACCUUAUGUUUUUCCACUUCAAAAAAUACCUAUUCUAGGAAACAUCCGAGUUUUCUACCGGAUCCGGCCGCAGUUGACUGAAGAGCUUUCGAGCAAACCGGCUGUGGUGAUUGACGAAAUGGAUAAUGGAGUUGUUCAUAUUGGUUCCGGAGUUGGGACGAGGAAAACCAGUGCCAGUGCUGAUAAAGUGCUGCCGACGCAGUUUAGUCAAGAUCAGGUGGGUAAAAAAAAAUUUUUUUAAAAUAUUUUUAGAGCUUUUUGGUUGGAUGAACACUUGAAAACUUCAAAAUUUGAUAAAAUGAGGCUCUAAAUCUGCUAAAAAGUUUAUCUGCAAAGAUCAAAGGGAAGUUAAGGUAAAGUUCUACUGAGAGCUAGGCCUUUUGAAGUUUAUAAAAUUUAGCAAAAACCGGGUAAAAAGUGAUUUUUUUUUUUUGAAAAUCGGACUUCCGCCUUUUUUUUGAGGUAGUGAGUUGAUUUUUGAAUGUUGAGCAGUUUUUUGGUUGUAAAAGAACAAUUUUGCAGACAAAUCCCAGCCUUUUCUUGUUAUCACCAAAACGUCUUUAUUAUAAAAUCGUCCGCAUUUUCCAGAUCUUCACCGAAGUCUCACCCAUCAUCACCAGCUGUAUCGACGGCUAUAAUGUCUGUAUUUUCGCCUACGGUCACACUGGAAGUGGAAAAACGUACACCAUGGAGGUUUGAAAUUCGAAAAAAAAAAUAAUCGAUAUUCCCUUGAGGGACCACUGGAAAGCCCGGGAAUCAACCAAAGAGCAAUAAUGCAGCUGUUUCGCUGCGGCUAA